AUGGCAGAUGAGGAGUGGGGCCAGGUCUCCCAUGGUCACGUUCUCUGGCAGUUCACCCAUUUCCCCAUCAGUGGGGUCAGCUCUACUGUGCUGUCCAGGCGAGGUGCAGAGUCUACUUUCCGAAGUGCUGCAGCUGCAAAACAUUGCAGAAGAGGGGGUGUGGCCAGCUAUCCUCAGGGCUAUCUCACCGGUGCCUCUGCCAACACUGUCAGCUCUACUGUGUUGUCCAGGCUUCUUCUCAUCCUGUUGGUGGAGGCUGCGAUGCUGCUACUGGGGAUGAAAGGUUUACAGCUGCUUGUUCAGAGAACAGCUGCCAGAACCAUCAUCUUACAAGAAAGCAUUGGCAAAAGUCAGUUUGGAGAAAUUUGACGAGGCAAGUGUCAGGCAGAAGAAGUUGCUGUGAAGAUAUUCUCUUCUACGGAAGAAUGUUUGCAGUUCCAAGAGGCAGAGAUUUAUCAGACUGUGAUGUUAUGCCAUGAAAACAUCCUAGGAUUCAUAGCAGCAGACAGCAAAGACAAUGGCACAUGGACUCAGCUGUGGCUGGUGUGGGAUUACCAUGAGCAUGGAUCCCUUUUUGAUUCCUUGAAUAGAUACACUGUUACAGUAGAAGGGAUGAUCAAACUUGCUCUGUCUACAGCAAGCAGUCUUGCCCAUCUUCACAUGGAGAUUGUUGGUUCCCAAGGAAAGCCAGCUAUUGCUCACAGAGAUUUGAAAUCAAAGAAUAUCUUGGUGAAGAAGAAUGGAUCCUGUUGCAUUGCAGAUUUGGGACUGGCUGUGAGACACAAUUCUUCCACAGAUACAAUUGAUAAUGCUCCAAACCACAGAGCUGCGAUGCUGCUACUGGGGAUGAAAGGUUUACAGCUGCUUGUUCAGAGAACAGCUGCCAGAACCAUCAUCUUACAAGAAAGCAUUGGCAAAAGUCAGUUUGGAGAAAUUUGACGAGGCAAGUGUCAGGCAGAAGAAGUUGCUGUGAAGAUAUUCUCUUCUACGGAAGAAUGUUUGCAGUUCCAAGAGGCAGAGAUUUAUCAGACUGUGAUGUUAUGCCAUGAAAACAUCCUAGGAUUCAUAGCAGCAGACAGCAAAGACAAUGGCACAUGGACUCAGCUGUGGCUGGUGUGGGAUUACCAUGAGCAUGGAUCCCUUUUUGAUUCCUUGAAUAGAUACACUGUUACAGUAGAAGGGAUGAUUAAACUUGCUCUGUCUACAGCAAGCAGUCUUGCCCAUCUUCACAUGGAGAUUGUUGGUUCCCAAGGAAAGCCAGCUAUUGCUCACAGAGAUUUGAAAUCAAAGAAUAUCUUGGUGAAGAAGAAUGGAUCCUGUUGCAUUGCAGAUUUGGGACUGGCUGUGAGACACAAUUCUUCCACAGAUACAAUUGAUAAUGCUCCAAACCACAGAAAAGUACACUGGCAGGAUGAAAAGGGACUGCUGAGUGCCACACCAGGUACUUUGAAAGUCACCCAGUGCCCGGCUCAAGCCCAGCUUUGUCCUGCCUUGGUUGGACGAUUGCCCACCAGCCAGAUCCGGAGAAGGGAAACGGGUAGAGCGCAGGCAGGACCAAAGGCAGAUCCCACGCUGUCCAUGAGUGUUUUAGGGAAAAGACACCACGGAGGUUGUGUCAGUGGACAGAUCGCGUAUUCGGAGGGAGCAAGGGACAUUCAUAUGCUAGGAGGAGUGGCCGGUUGGAUCCAUGUGGUGGUAUGUCAUUGGUUGGGGCAAGAACAUUGA